AUGUCCGCAAGAAGAGUAGACAAUGAAGCAAUCACGGUGAUAGCCAUUGAUAAAGACAAGAACAGCCAACACGCUUUGAAAUGGGCGGUUGAAAACAUCCUUGUCGAUUCUCCAGAUUGUGUUCUUCUCCACGUUGAACCUAAAGGCACAAUCUCUGCAGAAGGAAACAUAGGAGCACAUAUACAAGAUGAUUCGCACCAGUUCUUUCUUCCUUUCAGAGGAUUCUGCUCUAGGAAAGGAAUUAUUCCCAAGGAGGUUCUUCUACGUGAUAUUGAUAUCUCCAAUGCUAUUGUCAGCUACAUCACCAACAAUACCAUUUCAAAUGUCGUUGUUGGCGCCUCUGCUCACAAUGCCUUCUUCAAGAAGUUUAUGAGUCCAGAUGUUCCCACCACUUUGCUCAAAACAUCUCCAGAGACUUGUGCAGUCUUUGUUGUGUCAAAAGGUAAGCUGCUAAAAAGCAAAUCCGCAAGUCAGGCUCUGAACCAUCGUCCCGUACAACAAAGCCUCUGUACUUUGUUGUACAAUCACGAGCCAACGAGCUCCAGCUAUUCAAGUGAUUCAGAGAGGGAAUCAUUUGUAUCUACACAACACAACAAACCCAUGUCAGAUUUCUCCCAAACCAGUUCACCUCCUCGCAUCUCAUCAGCGCAAACUCUCAGUGAGUUUUGGCAGUCAGACACUGUGACUUCUUACACCAUAUCUCAAAGUUCCACUACCAACGGAAGCUCCAUCUCUUCUACAUCCACGGAAAGUCCACAUGGGAAUCAAAAUCUUGAAGCAGAGGUGAGGAGAUUAAGACUCGAGUUGAAGCAGUUUAAUCCCUCAAACAAUAAAAACCAAAAAGAAAAACUUCAACUACCUAGAGCCAAUGAAACUCAAAGACUAGACCAAGCAAAAGAGAUGCCUACAGCAUUAUCUGAGGAGAAGCAAAAAAGGCUUUCAGCAAUCCAAGCAGCUGAAACCGCAAAGCAGUUAGCGAAAAUGGAGAGCCAAAGGAGAAGAUUACUUGAGAUGCAAGCCAAGUUGAAACAGAGGAUGGCCAGUAACGUCUCUUACAGACGUUACAGUAUCAAAGACGUUGAAGGUGCUACCAACGGCUUUUCAGAUUCUUUAAAGAUUGGCGAAGGAGGGUAUGGACCUGUGUACAAGGCUGUCCUAGAUUACACUCCCGUCGCCGUUAAAAUCUUGAAGUCUGGUAUCACACAAGGCCUUAAACAGUUCCAUCAAGAGGUUGAGGUUUUGAGCAGCAUGAGGCAUCCCAAUAUGGUGAUCCUCCUCGGUGCAUGUCCUGAGUAUGGCUGUCUUGUAUACGAGUACAUGGAAAAUGGAACAUUAGAAGAUCGUCUCUUCUGCAAAGACAACACACCUCCACUUACGUGGAGAGCAAGGUUCAGAAUCGCUGCUGAGAUUGCCACAGGGCUUCUUUUCCUCCACCACGCGAAACCUGAGCCGUUGGUCCAUCGUGAUCUGAAGCCAUCGAACAUUCUACUCGACAGACAUUUCACUAGCAAGAUCAGUGACGUUGGUCUAGCUCGUCUUGUGCCUUCCUCUGUAGCUGAUAGUUAUAGUAACUAUCACAUGACCUCUGCAGCUGGUACUUUCUGUUACAUCGAUCCUGAGUAUCAGCAAACCGGUUUGCUCGGAGUGAAAUCUGAUCUGUACUCUUUUGGUGUGGUGCUUCUGCAAAUCAUAACAGCCAUGCCGGCAAUGGGGUUAGGACAUAAAGUAGAGAUGGCGGUUGAAAACAACAAGCUCAGAGAGCUUUUGGAUCCAACGGUAUCAGAAUGGCCUGAGGAAGAGACUCUGGAGUUGGCUAAACUGGCUUUGCAGUGCUGUGAGCUGAGGAAAAGAGACAGACCUGAUCUUGCUUCAGUAGUGUUACCGGCUCUGAACAGGCUAAGAGAGUUUGCAACAGAGGAUUAUGAACGUAUCAAGAACAGAACAUCAUCUCAUGUGUCACAAUCUAACUAUUCAGAUCCGGUUCCUUCCUCUCAGUUCAUGAACAACUAUGUUUCUGCCAUGUAG